CUUACCGGGAGCUCCAUGUACACACUUAAGCCCUGUCCCAGAACCUUGUGUUUAUCAUUAGCAUUUUGACCAUAGGAGGAGAAAGAUUUUCAGGAGACGUAAGCCCAUGGAGCCCAUGACACUUGUACCCAUGGCAACGCUGUGGCCCGAAAACAGCACUGCAUCACCAACUUCUGCAGAAUGGGAGCUCGUCCACGCCAUCAUUCCCCCGUACAUCUUCACCAUAUCCCUGCUGGGCCUCCUCUUUAACAGCUUCGUCCUCGGGGUGUACUUCAUCCACAUGGAUCGACUGACUGUAGCCGAGAUCUACCUGAGCAACCUGGCGCUGGCCGACUUCAUUCUCCUGUGCGGCCUCCCCUUCUGGGCGAUGUACAUCAUCAAUGACUUCAACUGGCUGUACGGAGAUGCAUCCUGCAAACUGGUCAACUCCAUCAUCAUCAUUAAUUUCUACACCAGCAUCUACACUCUGGUUAUGAUUAGCGUUGACCGCUACCUCGCACUUGUGAAGCCAAUGAAGGCCAGGUGGCUGAGACGGACACUCUAUGCCAAGGUGAUCUGCUUUAGCCUGUGGAUAUUAGCCGUCAUACUGAGCACGCCGAUACUUGUUCACAGAAAGGUGAAGUUCAUCGAGGAGUUUGAGACAACAUCCUGCAUACUGGAUUACAGUCACGAGAGCUCCUGGAAGUCGGCCCAUCAGAUGUUGAUGAAUGUGGUGGGCUUUGUUCUCCCUGUUCUGGUAAUUGUUUUCAGCAGUGGGAACAUAAUCAAAGCUUUAGGUCAGAGAAGGGACGGCAUUGCUUUUAAUGACACCAAAGACACAAAAGCCACAGUGCUGAUGUACGCUGUCACAAUACUGUUUUUACUGUGCUGGGGUCCCUUCCAGAUCUUUACCUUCCUCGACACACUCUGUGAUAUUAAAGUGCUGGAUGAGAAGCUGUGGUUCCACACACUCGACAUAGGAGGUCAGGUCUCAGCGUAUCUGGCCUUUCUCAACAGCGCCCUGAACCCACUGCUGUAUGUCUACUCAGGGCAGUAUUUUAGGAGGAAAGUUAGCGCCAUCUACAGGAGGACUAGACAUCCACGCAGAGGAUCAGACAUGACCACAUUUCAACGCUCUGUUGUGUCCACUUACAUUAACAGAACGGAGCAAAUUAAGACUGUGGUGAUUUUUAAUGCAAAGGAUCAGAUGUGACAUGACAUCCUCCAUUUCCGUCGCUGCGUAUAGGAAAUGCAUACAGGAUAUGAGGAUAAGUUGUCAUUUCAUGGGACUUAACACAAUAAUAAUGCCGUUACAUUGUUAAACAGCACUAUGAAAGGAUGUUUAAUACUGUGCUGUGCAGAAAUA